AUGCGCCCGUUGCCAGACAUGAUCGGCCACCUCUUCAGCACCCGCAAGGCGGCGAGUGCGUCGCAGCCCCAACCCACGACUGUGCUGGACUCGGCCACGGAAGAGAGCCACACGCGACAUUUGCUCUAUCCUGAAACGAGCACCCUCUACCACGCCGACGGCCAGCCGUAUCCCUUGCACGCCGCACCCUUGACCCCCGGGAGCGGCCAUGACGGGCCUCUGCCUGAGAUUGACCUCGACUACCCGCGCGACUGCCGCAUCAUCAUCGCCCAGGAUGAGACGCCCGCCAUGCCCAAGGCGAUUUUGUUCGACUCGAAGCCUGCCCCACCACGCGCCGCCUCUCCCCCACUGCCAAACACGCGGCCACGCACCUUUGGCGCCAGCAACGCUGUUGGUAGUCUUGGUCAACCCACCGCAGGCCCGACGACCUUGGGAACACUGCACGCGCGCACCUCGUCUCUCGUAACAGAGCCAACCGCACCCCCCUCGCCCACGGUCGGCGGCUUCACUCGCAUACGCACCCGUGGUAGCUCCAUUUCGUCCAUGCCCAACAUCGACGAGCAUGCCCAAGUCCGGGCCAAGGCGCAGGCACGAGCCAAGGAGUCGACGGACCUGGCCAAUGUCUGCCUCGAUUGCAUGUUUGGAAACCUGGCCAUGAACUACAGAGGCAACUCGAACAAGAUACACAUUGUGCCACUAGAUACCAAGCCAGCGGAUGCUUCUCCCCUGAGUACCAGCGUACAGGACGCCACAAGCUCCCUAGGACGCGCCGAAGGUCUUCGUAGGAGAAGUAACCUCGCCAAGUCCUUCACGCCUGCAAACCUACCUCUGGACAUCCCUCGACGCGAUUACAACGACAGCGCACCCAAGGAGCCCAAGCGACGCACCAUCUUCAUCACACGCAUGUUCUCUGUUACCUUCCCAGACGACGACCACGAUGCCCGUACCCCAACCCCACAAAGCUCACUUCCAAAGGGCAGCGGCUUCCCCUUUCCUUCCACAACUAAUAAUUCAGCCGCGCCCAAGCCGCUGCCUUACCCCUCACACAUUCGCAAGAACCGACGCGCGGGCUGGGCUUUUAUUGAUUCGAACCUCGGAGUCGAGUCCCUUUUAUCAUCGUCCAUGAGCAGCGAUGUUGAUGACCGUGUGGACGUUGUGGGGCAACACUGGGAUGUCAUCAUGCGCGCCCUCACUAGCCUGCAAUAUGUUGUCCAGGAGCGCAUCUUUGCCCACUUCAAAUCACCAGACGCCGUGUCUCCACCACAACUCCAUCAACAUCGGCACCAGCCUUCGCGCACCAGCCUCAGAGACGCAUCCUUGCACCCAGCACGCAGGCCUUUGAAACUACAGCCAAACGCUCUCAUGAUGGAUAAGGAGAUACAAAUUGCCGCGGAGCUUACUGGCAACCGUGUCGUCAGCGGCAUGAGAAUCCCUCGCGUUAUGACAGGUCAGGGGAAAUGGGGCGUCUGGCGGGAAGAAGCUAGAUGGCUCGGUCGAUGGGCCGGCCGUCGAGAGCAAAACUUCUUCUUCUUCAACCUGCUGACGGCAUUUCUUGGGAACCACACCGAAUGGCUCAACGUACUGGGUCCGAAAUGGCACCGCAAGCGCCAUCGCGAACAGCAGAAGGCGACCGCUGGCGAGAACCUGACAAUUCCUAAUCGUACUGUCAUUGUGUCCCCUGACAAGAUGGCUGCGCGGAGAUUGAUCUACCUGCUCGCGGCAUUCUUACCACCUAGUGCACCCACUGUUGGCGAGAGUGCUUCCUUUAUGCGUCCCAGUACUUCGACGUCGCUCCGUGCUUACUCUCAGUCUCCUCCCACCAAUAUGCCACCUUCAAGGAAGCAGUCAUUGCGUCGUCAGAUCAAUCGACGACCGAAGGGUAAGCAGAGCAUGACCAACAUGCGGUUGCAGCCCUCACAUCCUCAGAGCAUUCAUCAUUCGCCCAACGACGCCUUGAUCGAACGCUCCGAACCUGGAGUAAUUGAGACACCUGAUACAGCCAGGCCAGCUAAUCACUCUCGUCGGUCUUCUGCGCACUCAAUACGGUCAAGUCUCGUGAUUCCGUCCAUGUCUGACGGGCCAACUACCACAAAGAGCAGCAUGUCUACUACAUCAACUGCUACGCCUCAAACUGCAGUACCCGUUGCUCACUUUACGUUGCCUAGGACGAAGUCAUCUGGACCCAUGCCAGAUCAAAGACCUGAGAGCAGUGAUAGUCUGGCAUCCGUAAAUCUGAUCCAUACUCUGCAGAAAAGUGGCACGGGACAAACUAGUAUAGCCAGCAACGACUCGAGCAACACCAGCCGCUGGAGCGGGUUCAUGAACUUUUGGAGCGGCCGACGGUCAUCAUCCACCGAUCAAAGUGACUAUUUUCAGACAACAGACGAUGGGGUGGGCUAUCGUGGCCAAGAGCGGCCUCGAUCUCAACUUGAGCAGAUGGUGCAGGAACUCUCCAUGGAUCGCGUUUUUGAGGGCGAUGGGUACGAUUUUCCAAAGCUGAAUCAUGAUAUAAACGACAACAAUCUGCCUGAUGUGUAUCCAAUCGGCGGUUCUAGCGGUGUACCAGCAUCGGCAGCACGCCCAAUCCCUGAGCGACAGAGAACUUUUGAUACUCCACUGAAGUUGUCAGUAAAUGAGAAGGAUGGUGUCAUCGAUGUCGAUAUACCCCUCCCUGAUUUUGGAUCUCCACUCCAAUCCCCACUACUCGGAGGCUGUGGCUCCGCCUCUAGUCAACAUGGCUCUAGUUUUGGCGAGUCCUCUAUCCUUUCGAUGCCGUACUGUGAGCCUGAGCAGCCCGUCAAUGCCGCAGGGUGGUUGAGUCAAUUCCACCCUGAUUUUGCCGUCCAGGCCAUCAAGCCCUACCAGGAGCUCGAGCGCGAUGUCAAGCGGGCGAUGAGUGCGGAACCGACGCCCCUCAACUCUGUCACCACUCCGAGCCUUGAAUCAGGCCCGCUUGAGCGUUGGAUUGAUGUAUGCUCGGCUCUCAUCGCGGACACGGGCGCUUUUACUAUUAAGCGCAUCAGCUUGCGGCGUCUGGUCAAACUGAUACCUACGCCGACGUAUCAGCCUUCUGCAAUGACUCCAGGUAUUGCCGGAAUGCCACCAGGCCGCUCACAGUAUGGCAACCCUUAUACUGCCGGCACUGUUGCACCUAUGAUGACUGAGGUGCAUCUUGCUGAGAAGUUCAUCGAAGAACCAAUCAUGGAUUUUGAUGCAACACUUAUCGAUAGUGUGGAUCGUGUACUGGCACAGUCCGGCGAGGCUACUCGCGUCAAUUUGACUGAUUCGUCUCGAUCAAACACCAGAAGAGGUAGGCGCGAUACGCGGCCUGACACCGAUGCUAUCCCGCACGUAGAAGUGUCUCAGACUGACUGCAAGGGUGUCAUCUUCGAUGCAUUGGAGUCGAUUGUCAAGAAGGUCACUGCGGAGCGUAGCGGGAAGGAUGAAUUGAAAGAAGAGGACGAGAAGAAGUCCGUCAGGACAGUACAACCAAAAACCGCCACAGAUUCCUCCCUCAAAGAAGGAAUACGACGCUGGUUGACUCUAGUAGAGUAA